AAAGCGAAGCAGACACUACACUACCACCAAUUCACAUCACAUCGUAUACACAGAUACAUAGCUAUAUAUCUGUAUCUAUCAAUCUGUCUACAGUAUCUAUAUAUUUGUUGUUUGGGGUUUUGGGAUAUCGAUUGUCUUCUUUUCUGAGUUUGGGCGAGUCGUGAAGAAAUGGAGCUCCAGAACACAGUUAAAGAAGCCCUAAACGCACUCUACCACCACCCAGACGACGCCGUUCGCAUGCAAGCCGAUCGCUGGCUUCAAGAUUUCCAGCGCACCAUCGAUGCUUGGCAGGUCUCCGAUAAUUUACUUCAUGAUGCUAGUAGCAAUCAAGAAACUUUAAUCUUUUGUUCUCAAACCCUUAGAAGCAAGGUACAACGAGAUUUUGAAGAGCUGCCUUCUGAAGCUUUUCGCCCGUUACGGGAUUCGUUAAAUAGCUUAUUGAAAACAUUUCACAAGGGCCCCCCUAAAGUUAGAACCCAGAUUAGCCUUGCUGUGGCUGCAUUGGCUGUUCAUGUUCCUGCUAAAGAUUGGGGUGAUGGUGGCAUUGUAAGUUGGCUUAGAGAUGAGAUGAAUUCUCACCCCGAAUGCAUACCAAGCUUCCUCGAGCUACUAAGAGUUUUGCCUGAGGAAGUAUUUAACUACAAGAUAUCAGCUCGUCCUGAUAGACGCCGCCAAUUUGAGAAAGAACUUACCUCUGCAAUGGAGAUUGCUCUCAAUAUCUUGAGUGCUUGCUUGAAUAUUAAUGAACUUAAGGAGCAGGUGGGAGCUCUUCUUUUGAAUGUUCUUGAGGCAUUUGCUUCUUGGCUUCGGCUAAGACAUAGGAUCCCUGCUUCUACACUUGCUUCUCACCCAUUGGUGCUAACAGCUCUCUCUAGCUUGAAUUCUGAUAUCCUUUCAGAGGCAUCCGUGAAUGUAAUUUCUGAAUUAAUACAUUACACAGCAGCAAGAAACUCAGGUGGUGUUUCUGCACAGAUGCCCUUAAUUCAAGUUAUUGUGCCUCAAGUUAUGAGCCUUAAGGCACAGCUUAGAGAUUCUUCAAAGGAUGAGGAAGAUGUGAAGGCCAUUGCUCGUUUAUUUGCUGACAUGGGCGAUUCAUAUCUUGAAUUGAUUGCAAAUGGUUCUGUUGAGUCAAUGUUAAUAGUGCAUGCGUUAUUGGAAGUUGUUUCACACCCUGAAUAUGAUAUUGCUUCUAUGACAUUCAACUUCUGGCACAAUCUUCAGAUUAACUUGAUUGAAAGGGAUUCCUACGUAUCAUUUGGCAAUGAAGCAUCGAUAGAAGCAGAGAGAAAUCGGAGGCAGUCGGUUUUUCGUUCGUCAUAUGAAUCACUUGUUUCCUUGGUUUGUUUCAGAGUUCAAUACCCUCAGGACUAUGCAGAACUUUCAAAGGAAGACCUUAAGGAUUUCAAACAAACUCGAUAUGAUGUCGCGGAUGUCUUAAUUGAUGCAGCAUUGGUUUUAGGAGGAGAAGUAACACUGAAGAUUCUUUACAUCAAGCUUGUUGAGGCUGUAGGUAGCUGUGGCAAUGAUGAGCAUAGCAAUUGGCGUCCAGCAGAGGCUGCUUUAUAUUGUAUUCGGGCUGUAUCAGAUUAUGUUUCUGUCACAGAAGCUGAAGUAAUGCCCCAGGUCAUGUCUUUGCUUCCAAAACUUCCUCACCAACCCCAGCUUCUAACUACUGUGUGCUUAACCAUUGGAGCUUAUUCAAAAUGGCUUGAUGCUUCGCCUAGUGGACUCUCAUUCUUGCCUCCACUCAUAGAUAUUCUUGUGAGUGGCAUGAGCAUGUCUGAAGAUUCUGCAGCAGCUGCUGCUUUGGCUUUUAGACACAUCUGUAAUGACUGUGGGAAGAGGCUUUGUGGAUCCUUGGAUGGUCUUUUCAAUAUAUACCAAAGGGUCAUAAUUGGGGAAGGUACCUUUAAGGUCUCUGCUGAAGACUCAUUGCAUCUGGUUGAAGCUUUAAGUGUGGUUAUUACAGAACUUCCUUCAGACCAUGCUAAAAAAGCCCUCGAGGUCUUGUGCUUGCCUGCUGUUACUCCAUUACAGGAAAUUAUUAAUCAAGGUCCUUUGGUAUUGGGGCAAAUAACAGCUCGUGAGUUAACAGUUCAUAUUGAUCGACUUGCAAAUAUCUUUAGAUAUGUAAAUUAUCCUGAAGCUGUUGCUGAUGCAAUUCAAAGGCUUUGGCCAAUAUUCAAAGCCAUCUUUGAUCUUCGUGCUUGGGAUACGCGGACGAUGGAGUCUCUUUGUCGGGCUUGCAAAAAUGCUGUGAGAACUUCUAAAAGGUUCAUGGGAAUUACAAUUGGAGCAAUGCUAGAGGAGAUACAAGGCCUGUAUAAUCAACACCACCAACCAUGUUUCCUUUAUCUCUCUAGUGAAGUUAUAAAGAUAUUCGGGUCUGAUCCAUCUUGUGCAGACUUCUUAAAAAUUAUGAUUGAAUCACUGUUCAGCCAAACUAUAUGUUUGCUUACAAAAAUUCAGGACUUCACUUCCAGACCGGACAUAGCAGAUGAUUGUUUUCUGUUGGCGUCGAGGUGUAUUCGCUAUUGUCCUCAUUUGUUUUUCCCUUCAGCAGUAUUUCCUUCAUUAGUGGAUUGUUCUCUGAUUGGCGUCACAGUGCAGCACAGGGAGGCCUCCAACUCCAUAUUGACUUUCUUAUCUGAUGUAUUUGAUCUUGGAAACUCAAAUCAGGGCGAAAAAUAUGUAUCUAUCAGGGAUAGUGUAAUUAUUCCUCGAGGUGCCACCAUCACCAGAAUUUUGGUUGCCUCUUUAACUGGAGCACUCCCAAUUUCUCGACUAGAAACGGUAAUAUAUGCUCUACUAGCUCUAACUCGGGCAUAUGGGUCAAGAGCUUUAGAAUGGGCCAAGGAUAGCAUUUUGCUAAUUCCAUCAACUGCUGCAACAGAAGUGGAAAGGUCAAGAUUUUUGCAGGCAUUGUCAGAAGUGGCAUCUGUGGGUGAUAUUAAUUCCCUCAUGAUUCCCAUUGAAGAGCUAUCAGAAGUUUGUCGCCGUAACCGAACAGUUCAAGAUAUUGUCCAAGGUGCGUUGAGGCCACUAGAGUUGAAUUUCGCAAACGCUAUCGCAGUCUGAGAGUAAGUUGAAAAGAGGCCUUUUUUUCCGGCUUCGUCUGUCAUUUAUUUUCAUUUGAUUUUGUGUAUUCAGUCAAUCAUUAUUCGCCAAUUUUUUUUUUGUGGGUGCAAAUGAUUGGGAGGUAUAGAAAUGUUGUAUGUUCUUUUUUUCCAGAUUUUUGAGCGGUUUUUAAUCAUUGGAAUGGUUUGGUAUAGAGUUGUAAAUUUGGUAUUUAAUGUAUUAGAUUAAGAAUAAAGAGGGUGGUUGUGUCUAGCUUUUUUACAUUGUAAAGAUGAAAUGUUUUAUGUCAAAAACGCAUACCUGGCCAGAGUUUAGAUUUGCAAAUCAUCUGUUGCAUUCAACUGAA